UAAUUGUCGCCAGAUUGUAAUUGGGUGGCCGAAAAUAUAUUAAAGUUUCAUUUUUGUUCAGAUUUAGUAAAUAUAUAAGUUAUAAUGGCGGACCAGGCGAGUGUGUUGUACCCGUUCGUCUACAGAUAUUUACUAGAUUGUAAAUUUACAAAACUGGCAAAAACUUUUAAAGAAAGAACAAAAACAGGUCCACCUGAUGAUAAUCAUGCGACGUUGCUACAAAUGUACGGAGAUUGGUUGAAACAGACAAAGUCAAACAAAAGUGCAACAGAGCCACCUAGUGCCAAGAAACGAAAAGCCGACCCUGAAUCUUCGAGCGAAAGCGAAGCAUCGUCCGCUGAUGAAGAAGAAAAGGUAAAGCCCAAAGCAGCUGCUGCAAAAACUGAUGACGCAACAACCUCUGAUUCGUCGGAAGAUUCUUCGGAUUCUUCAUCGGACGAGGAAGAGAAAGAUAAAAAAAAAGGCCCUGCCAAACCACUUGCUCCUGCUACAAAACCUGUUUCAAAAAAAGAAGAAUCUUCGUCAGAAGAAGAAAGCGAUUCGUCAGAUGAAGAGAAAGUUGCGAAACCUGCAAAGCCGAUCGUGUCAAAAAGUAAAGUUGUCGUGAAGAAAGAUGAAAGUUCGUCAUCCGAUGAUUCAAGUUCAAGUGAGGAUGAAAAACCUCCAGUUAGGAAAGAAGUUCCCGCAUCCAAGAAAUCCAAAGAAGAAUCAUCAUCUGAGGGAUCGAGCGAUUCAAGUGAGGAAGAAGAGAAACCUAAAGUUACCAUGGUGAUGAAGAAAGAUGAUGCGUCGAAAAAUACCAAAGUUGUUCCGGCUAAAACUACGAAGCCUGUCGCGAAAAAAGCUGGAAGUGAUUCUGAUGAAUCAUCCUCAGAAAGUGAUGACUCAUCAGAUGAAGAGGAAACGACUCAGCAAAAACCUGAAGCGAAAAAGAAGCCGGAUGCUGAGUCGUCAUCGGACAGCGAUGAUGAGUCAUCAGGAGAUGAAGUCGAGGAAAAAAAAAAGAAAGUUUUCACCAAGAAGUCGUCGAAAACGACUCCCGUGAAGAAAGAGAUUCAAAAAUCACCGAAGGAAGAAUCAUCGAACAGCGAUUCGUCAUCUGACGAUGAUAAAGAGGAAACAUCUGCAACAACGGCCAAAGUAGCGAAACCAGCAACCACGAAGAAAGAUGAAAGUUCAAGCUCGAGUUCGUCGGGAAGUAGUGACGACUCAAGCUCGGAUGAUGACUCGGCAAAAAAAGUGAAGAAGAAAUCGAGCGUGGCGAAGGCAGCGAUUCCCCCCCCAACUACAUACGAUGCAGUGAAACCAGUAGCCGUGGUGAAGGGACAACAACAAGCAGAGGAAACCAGCGAGGAUGAUUCGUCGGAAGAAUCGAGUUCGGACGAUGAAACGGAACAAACAACUGCUCCGAAGAAGAAAGUGGCUGUAGUGAAAGAAACAGCCACGAAAGAAUCUUCAAGUUCCAGCAGCAACGAUAGUAGCGACGAUAGCGAUUCUGACGAAACUGAAACACCGGCAAAGAAAGUAAAGUUAGAGAAAGGAAUUACCAACGGGAAUCUUUCUCUUAUAAAGACACCCCAAGCAAAAUCCACACCGAAACAAAUUAAGAAAGAAUCUUUAAACACAUCAAUUGUAGCUGGUGCGAAUGAUGUGAAGAAAGCAAGCAAACGAAAAGGGGUCACUGAUGAAAAUUCAAGCCCCGUGAAGAAGUCGAAAAACAAAAGCGCAAUAGACGUCGAAGCCACACCAACUACAACUCCAGGAAAAGCUAAAACACCAAAGUCUGGUAGAAAGCGCGGAGGAAACAUAGAUUCAACGACGGUUAACUCUAUUAAGUUUGAUAGCGACUAAAACUUAUGUCAGAUUCAAUUGAUUGGUUUGGGUUUACCAGGUCUAGCACCAUUAAGGACCUAAUUUGAGUUUAAUCAUCAAGAUUGUAGGUUUUUGUGUUUUUGAUUAAAUGUAACUCUGUGGGCAGAGUUAACCAAACAUAUUCAAUAUUUGUCAGCAUUUGGUUUUCGACAUAAAAUCCAAGUUUACAGCA